AUGGUCGCCGUCAGGCAGAUGAGGAAUAUCCUCAUGGAGCUGAGGAAGGUAUGUCAACACCCCUACCUCUCAGCUCCAGAGUUGGAAUCAGAAGAAGUCCCAGAGGAAGAGCAACAUCGACAGUUGAUCAACGCAUCUGGCAAGCUGGCCUUUCUCAAGCUUCUUCUCCCCAAAUUGAAAGACAGAGGUCAUCGAGUUCUUCUGUUCUCACAGUUCAAAAUCGCCCUUGACAUUAUCGAGGACUUUCUCCAUGGCGAAGGAUACAAGUUCCUCCGACUUGAUGGAGACGUUCAACAAGCCAAACGGCAAAAGGCAAUGGAUGCUUUCAAUGCUCCUGAUUCUGACUACUUUAUCUUUCUCCUGACAACUCGCGCUGGAGGCGUGGGGAUCAACCUCGCUACAGCGGAUACUGUCAUCAUCUACGAUCCAGAUUUCAAUCCUCACCAGGACCUACAGGCGAUAGCUCGGAGUCAUCGAUAUGGACAGCAGAAGCGAGUCCUGGUGUUCAAACUCAUGACGAAGAAUUCUGUAGAGGAACAAAUCAUACUAAACGGGAAGAAGAAGAUGGUGCUCGAUCACCUCGUCGUGCAGCAAAUGGGCAAGGAGAAUGAAGAAGGCGAUAUCAACGAUCUGCUCCUUCGUGGCGCGGCGGCCCUUUAUGAAGCCAAUGAGGAUGGGAUCGCUGCGUCUGACAUUCGAUACUCAUCCAAGGAUGUGGAUGCUCUCAUCGACAAGGUCGAAGCGGAUGCUGAAGCAGAAGCCAAAGCGAUGGAAGAACGAGAGCGAGCAAAAGCCUCAGGUCAGGCGGCUGAGGAGCCCAAAAAGGAGACCAUGUCUUUUGGCUUUGCCAAGAUGUGGGAGGCGGAUAGGCAUCGACUUGAGGAGCUCGAUGAGGAUGACAAGCUGGAAGAUAUGGACGCGAAUGCUUGGCAAUUGGUGGUGGACAAUGCCCGCAAAGCUCGAGAGGCGACGCGAUUGGUCAACAUGGCCAAUGGACGAUCCAAGCGAACGGCAGCGACUGUAAAGUACGGGCAGCCUGAACCGAUACAUUCUGCCUCUGACGACAAUACGCCAAAGAAGGACAAGCGCAAGUACAAGAAGCGAAAAGCUGGUACAUCGUCUGAAGAUGCCGACUUUGUCGAUGGCGUGGACUCGACAGACUCAGAGGAGAGUUUAGACUCAGUUCCUGAUAUCGGCGCGUUGGACCAAGAUGGGAAUCCGAUCAUCUUGCGAGGUCUCGUUGCCGGCGAAGCGUUGACGAAAAGGCAAAAAGUCGCAGCAUAUAGAGCUGCCCAGGCGCUCCAAAAUGGCGCACCUCUACCCAAGCCACGACCCAAGGAGACGGCAGAGGAAAGAGCGAUACGAAAAGCCAAUCGCCGAGAGGAGAAGCUCGCGGCGAGACAGCAGAAAUAUGAGGCCAUGCUUGCUGCACAUGCCUCCUCACAUCCCGCCGAACCUGUGAACACCGUCCCUGAACCCCGUCCCAUCACGAUCGACAUGGCCACCAUUCGGGCAGCAAGAGAGAUCUGCCAGUGGCUCUAUCACAUGCUUCGCGAAUUUGGCCAUCUACCUUCACUCGCCGCGUGGGCAGAGAUGGCCUUGCCUGAGAUUCCUCCGGGCCGACGAGAGGAUAUCUAUCGACGAUUAGCUGGUGAUAUCGACGCAGAGCUUUUCCGACUAAAUCAACCGGCUUACUUCAACCGCGUCGAUCACAGCACCACGGUCCUCUUGCUCCUGCGAAACGGCUAUCCCAUCAUCCCGGACGUAGCAGAUUCGACCUUACCUGCGUUGCCGGGCGAUGCUUAUAAACAAUCUAUAGCUGUGGCACCAGCAGCAGCAGCAGCAGCAGCAGCAGCAGCAGCAGCAGCAGCAGCAACAGCAGCAGCAACAGCAGCAGCUCGACCGAUAGCGCCCGCGCCCGGCCCAAGUUCUGAACCACACGCCCCCGUGCAAGAACAACGAGGGGAAUUGUUCGACAGUCUCUUGGAAGCUUGUCCUCAAUGUAGCGGAGAACAUCCUCUGAGUGAAUGCCCGCGGACUGCAACAUCGGAAGCCAUGCCCGCUCAGGUCGAAUCCGCCAUGUCUGAGCCAUCCAUACCGCAGGCCACACCGCCCGUCAAGCUCAACAAUUCCCAACCGGCGGCUUCCCCAUUUUCGCAGAUCGCUCGACCUGCAUCCCGCUCCAAAAGCGUCAUGUCACGUCAAAGCCUCGGGAAUGGCUCGACCAUCGACGCCGCCAUCGUCGUUGACUCUGACGACGAGACUAAUCUGCCGCCAUGUCCCAUUUGUGAGACUGCCCCGAUGCAUCCAGCCAGACGUUGUCCAGUGGUACUCGAGGGCCCAAAUGCAAUCAAGAUGGCGAUGCGUCGGUUCGACCCCUCGGACCCGGUUUGGCUCAACCUUCGCGCCUUGUUUGACGAGCAAGCUACCGAAGAAGCCAUGCCAUCAUCUCAAGCGCACCCGUGUGCGUUCUGCGGGACCGUCUGCGGCCGUACCAUCCGUGCUUGCGCGGGCGUUAAUGGUGGUCGAAAAGCCCUCAAAGACAGGAUCAAACGAAUGGAAACGGUAAGACAGGAAGGAUCGCCCAGAUCAAGCGAGCUUGCCAAAAGUCUGGUAGAAGAGUUGUACGAUUGCUACCUCAAGUGGUCACGAAACGAGCCAAUGUGA